GGGAACAAGAUGUUAACAGAGACCAGCACCCAAACAAAUGAAUGGAUGUAGAUUUUCUUCUGUACAAGUUCCAGAGAAGAUGGUGGCCACUGUGCUCACCUUUCUCAUUGCAAGACAACAUGUUCAACCUGUUGAGCAACUGCUGCACCUGGGUCUCCAAAAUACAGGAGCCAAUCAGGAAAGUAACCAUUCUUGUGGUUGGUCUUGACAAAGCAGGAAAAACAUCCUCCAUCAGAGGGAUGUUAAGAGUACCUCAUGGUGUCGAAGGAGGACCCACCCAUGGCUGCAUCAGACAUGAGCUCAGAGUGGAGAACUACCUGGUCAACCUGCUGGAUGUUGGAGGAUCAGCAGAGUCGAGAGGAGUCUGGAGGGAGCUCAGCGGGGAGGCCCAUGGGAUCAUCUUUGUGGUGGACUCCAGUGACAGGCAGAGGAUAAAAGAGGUCAAGGAAAAUCUUGCUGAUCUGCUGAAGCAACCCAGAGUGGCAGGAAAACCCCUAUUAGUCCUGGCCAACAAACAGGAUAAAAUGAAUGCUUUGCUGGGAAGUGAGCUGAUUGAGAUCCUGUCACUGGAGAACCUGGUCAACCAGAGCCGCUCUCUUUGCCAUAUUGAGCCUUGCUCAGCCUUAAUGGACCUGCGACGCUGGUCGGACAGAAAGACCCUGCGUGGCCUUCGAUGGUUGCUGCGUGCUGUGUGUCUGGAUUACCCUGAGCUGUGUACUCGUGUGGCCCAGGACAGUAGGAGACCUCUGGAACCGAGAGAGAGGGAAAAGAACUGGAAAACUGAGAAGAUUCGCAGAAAAACCAAAGGAGACCGAAUGCGAUCCAGCAAGUCAGAUCUUCGCCAAGUUCAUCGGCCCAAAGAGAAGGAGAAAAAUUCCAAGGGGGAAGGAAAGCUGCAGCCUAUUCGAAGCAUGCUGCAAAGGGAGACAUCUAUGAAGAAGCUGACUACAAAGAAAAAGAAGAAGCCGGUUAAGGUCAAGGAAAGUGAAAAAGAUCAAGAAGCAGCAAACGAUCAAGAGGAAGACGAGGGUAACGGUAAUGAAGGAGAUCAAGAAAGCUUAGGUCACAGAGAGAAAGCCAGCAGUGCCCUGAUUCCCCCGAAAAAAAACAAACCAAAGCGUAAACCAAAGGUGAAGGAGGAGACUCUGGAUGUGCCGGAAUCACCUGAGAAUGAGGAGAAGCCGCUCAAAGCCAAAGGGGAAAAGAAGAAGAAGAAGAAAGUUGUCAAAGUAAAAAGGAAAAACAAGAUCAACACAGAAGAGAUGUCUGGGGCUUACCCUCAACCUGUGGACCUGUCUGCUACCUUUGAUCUUUACCGAAAAGCAAUACUGGCUCUGAAGGAACGUCAGGAUCAGGGACAGGCAGAGUGAAAACCUGGUUGCGAGGAUGUGGUCUCUAGCAGAAGUGAACUGGUCGAACUACAUCCCUACACAAACAGUCAUAUCUUUUUUGUGUACCUUUUCUCAAGUUUGUCUUAAGUUUGUCUUUAGACUUCAGACAUGACCCCCUGAACCUUUGGAAUAAUUGCAGAUUCCACUGUGUAGUGAAGGGCACACCUGCAUAAAUAUGUAAUGACAGAAAUGUAAAUGACAGAAAUUACAAACAUGAGUUGAGAUAUAUUUGUUUAAAACAAUGUAGACAUGUUGAAAGCUAAAUAUAAAACUGUGUACCUGGCCAAAUUGUUAAAGAAUGUUUUGUUUGUAUUCAUCCGUGUGAUUUUUGAACUACAUCCUUUUUUUAAAUCAUAAUUUAAGCACCUACCAGCAGUAGACAAUGCACUUUCAGAGGUUGGGGCAUUGUUGUAAGAUUUAUAACAUUGUAAAAUAAAAUUUUCCACUUCUUG